AAAUGCGGUGACUGCGGCGUUAGACGCUGGUUCUAUGCUGCACCGGUAAUGACCGAUCGUUUGUAGUCGGUUUAACUUCACCUUAUUUCUAAUAUUUUCCUCUUGGCGACAAUAUAGUUGGGUGUUCUGUUUAGGGGAAACUCAAGGCCGACAUAGAAACACUCUAGUGCGCUCAUCGCAACAUACAAGCGAUGGCAGAGCAGUCCGGUUACUCUUCUGGCAAAAACCAAGACUCGAAGUCUGAUCUCAACAAAUCUACCUCUGGAGGAGAUCAUGUGCCGGAUCCUAAGAACAUUCAGGACCUGACACAAUACGUAACACACCAUGUGCUACAUGUAACUGAUGUUUCACUCCCUGCCUUCAUGUUGCAAGCAGAAGAAUCUGUCCACUUGGUGCAGACCCUGCUUCAGCAGAUGCAAGACAAAUUUCAAGUGAUGUCGGAUCAGAUACUUACAAGGAUCGAUGAAAUGGGCCAUCGCAUAGAUGACUUGGAAAGGAACAUCACUGACCUCAUGUCACAAGCAGGAGUCGAAGAAGCUGACAAAUGAUCUGUGGACAAAAUGCUGUGCAGCAAAGAGUUGCUACAUGCUUGUAAAAUAAUCAUGGCCUGUGCACUCAGAAACUGAGCACUGAGCUGAAGAAAUACAAUGUUUCACUUUGUAUAGUUCUGUUGCCCCACCUCUUGAAAAAGCAUUGGCUUAAGUGUGUUCCAGAGGCAGGCAUCGUACAUAACGCGAGGCAGGUUGAACAUUUGUUGUAUAAAGCCUCUGAAUCAGGUGCUGUAUUGAAGAGAAUGAGAGCAAUAGAAAUGCCAUCUUUAUGCAGUGUUCUCAAUUUAUUUUAGCUUGUAGUUUUUACUGUAAAGUUUGUACUGUGUGAUUAAUAAAU